CAGCAGCAGCAGCGAAAUGCGAGUAGUUGCCACGUUCGUGUUGCUGCCACACUGUUGUUGUUGUUGCCCCGUUCUUGUGGUUGGUUGCUGCUGCUGACUUUACGACACUUUUUAGGUAAUGAAUGGGUUUACAUUUUUUAAUCCAGCUAUAAAAAAAAAGUGCAACGAAUGCGAUAAAGCUGCGCGCGCUCAUAAAAAAAGAGCGAACGGCAGCGUCUGACCUGACCCCUGACCCCUUUGCUCAUGAAUGGCCGACAGGAGCAGGUCAGCUGUGUUGAACUUGGCUAUAAAAACAAACAGCGACGCCUCAAACGACAGCAAACGUAACUCAGCAUUCCAUUAGCCAAGAUGUGCAAUCAACAGAAGAAGAUGAAGCAGCAGCAGAAUCUAUCAGUUAAUACAUCGGCAACCAGCUCGCCCCCCUCACCCACUGCUGCCUAUGCGUUGUACUUGCACCGCGAGGAGUUGAGGUGCCACAAGGCGCAGUCGUCACGUGCCGCAAUGACAAAGAUACAUUUGACCAGCGAAUUGAUUGCGAGAACCAAGGAGAACAUCGGUAAAUGCAGCCAGGAGGAUCUACAGAUAUUGGCCAGAGAGACGAUCUUCAAGAAGAGGAUGCAACGCCAUUUGCACUACAGACGCCAGCAGUUGCAGGCCUGGUUGUUGGCCAGAAAACAGGCCAAAAUUGGCAAGCAAAUGCAGUGAGAAAGAGAGAGAGAGCAAAUAGUCCAUUGUCAGAGGAGAACAGCCAAAUGUGAUGGGAGAUGAUGAGCAGUUGAUGGAUGGGAGAACAGCCGAAGUGAUAAACUGGCCAGGAAACUAUAAAAACUUCAAAUAUAAUUGUAUAUAAUAUGCUUUAAAUAAUGAUAAUAAAGGUUGAUAUUACACUUUUUCAGUAAAGAAUGCUGUUAACUGAAGAUAAAUAAUCUGAGAUAAUGCCCAAGUGGCAAGAA